UAUCAGAAACAAGGACGAACAUAAAGUAACUCCUGGAGACGAGGUUGGCUUAACAUAUAAUACGUAUACACAUGUACAUGUACAUGCAAGGCCUCGAGCUUUAAAAAUCACUUGGGAUUUUCACGUUUUCUGUUUAUUUACUUUUCAAUUAUCACAAUAGUUAUUCGACGGAGUCACAUUUAUGAUAUAGCUUCGUAUGUUUUGCUGAAAUGUCCAGGAAGAGCAUGAAUUCGGUGGUGUGUUUUCUUUCGUUGUUUUGUAUCGUGACGUGGACGAUAUUUGCACCAGUCGGUGCCACGUCUACGGGGCCACGCGGCGGUUUGGACCGUAGGAUACGGAGCCUGGCUCGGCGGGAUGCGACCACCGCGGCCGGUGCUACUUUACCAGACCCGGACUUUUUCCUGCGUGGAAUCGUUGAUAAAUUCGGACGGGACGGGCAACUGGACAAGGAACAGCUGCAGAUUUUGUUACAAAGAGUGAAAGCACAGUGUUAUUCAGUAGAUGACCUUCUCAGCAUACACUCACUGACUGAAGAGCGGUUGCUGAAUGAUACCAGUGACGUAUUAUUGAGUUUGUGCCCGACGGUGUUGUACCAGAGUGCAUCUGACGAUUGCUCGGAUCUUGAGACUGAGUCUGGAGAACGUCAACCACCAACUCUUGCUCAAGUAUGGGGCUACGGUGUCCUCUUUGUGACCAUCAUCAACCUGAGUGCAUUGAUGGGUGCUUUCAUCGUUCCUUGUAUGAACAAGAAGGUGUACAAGCUGAUCCUCACCUACCUGGUGGGAUUAGCAGUCGGCACACUGAGCGGAAAUGCAAUACUCAGUCUUAUACCUGAGACCCACGGGAUGUACGUCAGCACACAUGGCCUGGGCUUUGUAUGGAGAAACACCACAGUGAUCGUCGGUAUCUACUUGUUCUUUGUUGUUGAGCGUCUCCUCAAAUUGGUCUCAUCGCGAAAAGAACUCAAGAGGAAGAAGAAAAAAGAGUCGUCUGAUGAGUUGGCAGACAUGCAGGUGACUGCAAUGCACGACAUGACCAAACACCACGACAUCUACAAGAUAACAUCGGGAGACAGCGCUAUGGGGAACGGCUUCAUCAAUGCUGAGGAGGAAUCCACAGAAGACAAAGAUGAGAAGGAACAGUUUUUAUCAAUUGGUCCAAACGCUGGAUUCCGACGAUUAGGAAAUAUUGAAAACGAUGAACAGCAGAGCACACAGGAUGCAACAAAGACUCAGAUUUCCAAUGGUCAUGGUCAUUCACACAUGGCCUUGACCGAUGAUGGUAAGGUCCGCAUAGCCGCAGUGGCUUACAUGAUCAUCUUCGGCGACGGACUGCAUAAUUUUGUGGACGGUCUGGCGAUAGGAGCUUCGUUUUCAAUCUCCGUAUUCCAAGGAAUUUCAACGUCUGUAGCUGUUAUCUGUGAAGAGUUUCCUCAUGAGCUAGGUGAUUUUGCAAUCUUACUGAAAUCAGGCAUGACUGUGAAGCAGGCGUUGACGUUCAACCUGUUAUCAGCGCUGACGUGCUAUGGAGGCCUCGUAGUGGGUAUCCUAGUGGGACAGUUAACGUCGCUAGAGCCUUACAUAUUUGCACUGGCAGGCGGAAUGUUCUUGUACAUAUCUUUAGUUGAUAUGUUGCCGGAACUCACCUCAGUCAACCAGCACGAGGACUUCAAUUUACGUAGCUCUUUAAAGAUUUUUGCGAUUCAAAACGCAGGCUUGCUGACCGGCUACGUCAUCAUGAUUCUCCUUACAGUAUACGGAGAGCACAUAGCUGUUUAAUUAUAGGUAUGUUGGCUUCGUGAAAAGGAGACAUGUGUUUAGGUUUAUAUUUCUGAAAUCCAUAAUGACCAUCGUGUGUACCCAAUAUAUAUUUUUAUGAGCAUGGUGCAUCCAAUUUGUCAUUUGAAUUCAGCAGAGGUACCUUUGUGUAAAAAAAGCAUUUUUAAUAAUAAAAAUAAUAAUCGUAAUGCUUAUAUAGCACUGCCCAUCAUAUCAACAAUCUCAAAGCCUUUUACAAUUAUUACCCUGUUCAUCAGGCCAUGGGACCACGCGGUAGCCGAUAUCAGCGCUCAAUCGGUCCUCAACCCUCACAGGUACCCAUUCAUACUCCUAGGUGGAGAGAGGCAGUUAUAGUUAAGUGUCUUGCCUAAGGGCACAAACACCACUUUCACGGAAGGGUUCGAACCCACGCAUCAUCGUGCAUGAGUCAAACACCGUAACCACUAGCCCAUGGCAUUCUACAUGAUUCAGUGGUUAUGGAAUCAAUUAAAAAAAUGUCACAGUUGCUCGAGUCAGUAAUUAAGCGUGUUUCAGACGUCAAGACAAAAGUGCUACAUGUACCACCUCCAAUGAACUAAAACCGCCAAUUCUGUUCAUAUUGCAAUUGGAGUAAGUUGCUUUCAGUAUUAUGAUAAUAGAUUUAAUUAUACGAAAUCAAACAACUCUAACCUCCACAGAAUUUAUUUGAUACAAAGUAACGAAACACCAAAAGCUACAAAAUACAAGAAGUAAUGUUACACCAUUAAGACUAGGGGUCGCACAUAUGCAAAUUACUUUUAGAAGUAUUUUGUAGCUCUUUGGGAGGUUAAAGGUUGAACAUGAAAUAUGCAAACAGAGAAUCCACCAAGAAUUGUGUAAUGAUGAAAAGAAUAAUAAUAAAAGCAAAGAUACAAACUGUAAGUACAGGUGUUUAGGUUUUGAAAAGGCAGGGGAUUUCUUGCCGAAACAAAAUAUUGUUUUCAUAUCUCUCCAAAGUCAUCAUGUGUAUAUGGCUAGGCAACACACCCAACGUCACGAAGCCAGUAUUUUUUUUUGCAUAUUGUCAAAUUCUGUAACUACGUAGCAGGUGAUAAUUAAUAAGAUAUACAAUGUAAAACACCCAAAUUGUCUUUCAUUAUUUAAUGAACUACGGAGCAUAAAGGGAAAAAUGACAGAAUGCAUUCAUUCCAGAUUGUAGUCUGGUAGUCAAAGCCAGGAUAAGUCAAUCACAUUGUCUAGUCACAAGAUGAACAGUGAGUAAGGAAUGUUUAUUUGAGUAGCUUGUUACCCGGCUAUGACUCGGUGUAUUGUCUUCUAGGCCAGUAUUUGAUACUUAAAUUUGGAGGAUUUUAAUUUUUGGAUAUUGUUUGAUCUACCUUCAAAUCCUCUCCUGCCAACGCUUGAAGGGUAAGGCAAAUGAAAAAGAGCCCGAUCUCUUAGCAUUAUUUUAAGCCUUUUUUUUUAGUAAUUUGUAUUUUAUAUAUACCUUUGGUGCCGAUGAACUGUUUUACUUAUUUUUCCUCUUAGAAAUUUCUGUUUUUUGUGUGUAAUAUUCAGACAUCUUAAUAGCAAUUAGGCCUGUGUGGAUUUUCUGAUACCAAUUUCCGAACGUUCUUGUAAAAUAGUUUUAAAAAUAGUUAUUUUGUUUCCUUACAACUGAAAAUUGUUUUUCUUGAUAUGUUCAGCUUCACAAUUUAAAACUGCUGAUAUUCGUUUUUAGAAAAUUGUGACCACGGUUUCUAUACCGUAACAACCAACAGCCUCUGUAAUCAACACAAAAGCAGGCAGUAAUAGAUUCAAUGAAUCUACAGUUAAAUAGUCACAUGUAAAUAAAUGCAAUACAAUAUAAUUCAGGGAAAAACAACACGCACUGGACGAAAUAUCAAGUGAUCAUAAUUUUUUAACUGCAUUUUUUUGUAAAAGUAGAUUUCACCAACAAUAUAUUUUUGUACCUUCUUCGCUACUGUGAAUGUAAUAUACAUGUAUACAUCCUAUGAACCAUCAGGAUGAAAACAGGCCAGUUUCUUAAUCGCUAAGAGAAGGGGUUUGCCCCGGUGUUUAUGACCUCCUAGUUAUACUCCCUUGUGGAAGUCCUUAGGAGAAGAGCCAACCAAGUACAUGUAUAUGUAGCAUGUCACGGAUCCUACACACAAGGAUUAACGUCUCAUCAGCCAAAACUCCUGGUUAGACGUGCGUUAACGGCCCAUACAGGUGGCAAUUUACCAUGAAUGUCAAUAAAGAUCCAGACAGCUUUACCGCUUCACUGCGCGCUGCGGCUUUCAAAUUUGCAGGGCUCUGCACUCGAUCUGCCGUCGAAGUCUGUUAAGCCAGCUAAUUAUAUUUUUGAUCCUACGUUCUUGGCCUUUACUAUUGAAUUCUGAUAAACGAUAACUACAUAACCAUGUUGACGCUGAGCACAGUAUCUUUAGCUUUAAAGUUAACUGUGAAAUGUCGCAUUUGUUUUAUCGGCUCGGGACCACAUCUCUCUAAUACUUUUCAAUGCAAGCCUAAUUAAAAACGAGAUUUAGGUAAACGGUGUUCCCCUCGAAAAAGAUGUCACAUUUGACGUUUACAUCCUGUGUAAAUACUUCAUCUAUGACGACAAAAAACUGCACAAUACCUCCGAUUAUAUCCUAACAUUUUUGGAACAAGUGUAUCUUACAUAAGAAGUGGUUUUGCUUACAAUUUUAUGAAUAUGUUCGUUUUAGAUGUCAUGCAAAAAAAACCCCGACAAAAUGGCACACCUGGAAAAUUCGCGAUUAACAUGUAAACGGGUAUUGAGGUCCGUUAUCACGCGUCCAACCAAUUAAGGCAAGUCCGCUCAGUGCAUUUUGUACUAGAGCUCAGACCAGUCGUUCAUCUUUGUGUGUGUAGGAUCCAUGAUAGGUGUAUUCACAUUGGAUACAGACCGUUCUUUUUCUACCUCUCAGCCGUAGAUUUUGCCAGUAAUGGUGGACAACGGUUGAGCUGUCAGAGAAAGCAUAAGAGAUACUAAAAAUCUGCUGAAAUGACCUGAUGUUAUUACAUGUAUACUUAAAAGUUAUGUAUAUCUCGAUACAGCAUUUAAAGUUUAAUAUUAAUUGUAGGUGUGCAUUGUCUAUACAUGUACACAUGUACAUGUAGUUUUAACAUAAGGUUUUAGCUUUGCAUGAUCGAUACCGGAUCGAUACCGGCUGCGUGGCUUUAAGAAACUCAAGCUUAAAAAAAAGUAUGGCCUACAAUGGCAGGCCGUCUUUCUGCUGCCGAACAUUUUCGAAAUGUACCGAAGAAAAAAAUAAUGUGUUUUAUGAAAUUGCACGCAUACAGAAUAUUGUGAAAGUUCUGAAAUGUGCACAAGCGCAAGUGGACCAUCGACGAUAAUCCUAUAAACGAGGGUUUUCUUGCAUGUAGUAUAACGGCUGUUUCAUGUUUGCACAAAGGCUGUCGCUGCCGGGCAUUGUGCCCAUCCCUUUAUUGAACGACCUUCGAUCGGCUUGCCCAAACUUUCCCUGAAUAGGGCUGCUUCCCAGCUUCCCUGAAUAGGGUUAAACUGCUUUGAAAGAAGCCUUAAUAGUAAGAGAGCGCGUAAGAUAUCUUUGGAUGAGAUUCGAAGAUUUGCAUGGUAAACAAUGUAAUGAUAAGUUGUUUGCGGUAGCAGCAUGUGGUAAAUCUCUUUUGUGAGUGUUUUGAGGUUCUGAAAAGAAUGGGAGGAACUCAACGUUUCGACAGUAUGCUCGGCCGGUCGUCAGGAGACUGACUGCGUAAACACAAUCUGCUGACUACCUCAAUAUUUAACCAUUUCAUGGAAUUGCGUUACAUGAACUUACAAUGAAUACUCAUCUAUCUGAAACAACCAACCUCCAUUUGGGGUUCAGUAAACUGUUUGACAUAAGUUAUAUAAAAUAUUUAAUUUAAUAUAUGCAGUUUUAUGCAGAUUAAUACAUACAUUGCAAGAAAUCGUUCUUUUGAAAGAUUGAAUUUGUUUCCAUGGCAAUAUUACAUGUUUAAAAGUAAAGCAUAUAGCCUAGUUGCCAUAUAAAAACAUCAACAUGCAUACGAAGAUGUAAUAUUACUGCUUCCCACUUGGAUUCAAGACGUUCGGGAUUCAACUAAAUGCAUUGCCUUUUAGUUUUCAAACAAUUAAAAACUUCCUUUGAAGUACCAGAAAAAUCAAAAUAUUUAUAUGACAUUUAAAUAAAACCUUGUUAACAAUUCAGAAUACAAUAUAAAACUGUUUGAUAGAAUCAUAACAUUUCCAGGAAUAAGCUGAGAUAAUUGCGGUGAUAGACAGAUAGAACCAGUGUUUGUUUGGGGAAAACACGCAAAACAAGUACAAGAAAGCGGAGCUUCUGAACCCAAAGAGAAAAG